AUAAAAUAGAUCAUCUGACUAAUCAAUGUGUAUGCUGAAACCCAAAUACCUUUGCUAAUUAUGAUGUUUGUCUUUUUAAAUGCAUGCGGGUUCUUCACUUUUUUUAUUUAGCCGUUUUUGUGAUUCUAUCAAUCCGGAAGAAACAUAAUUUGCCUCCGCUGGCAGUCUGCAUGGAGUGAAAGAUGGCGAGUGGUGGAGGCACAGUUGCUUCGCUGUGGACAGAAGUGAAUCGUUGUGGACAGAAUGGAGAUUUUACUCGGGCCAUCAAAGCUGUCAACAAAAUUUUGCAUGAAGUCAAGGAAGAUGUGACAGCCCUUCACUGUAAAAUAGUAUGCCUGCUGCAAAAUGGUAGCUUCAAAGAGGCACUGAAUGUCAUGAACACAUAUUCAAAAAUACUUGGCAGUGAACUCAUUGUGUUUGAAAAGGCCUACUGUGAGUACCGGUUGAACAGAGUUGAAAGUGCUCUGAAGACCAUUGAAGGUGUUUCAGAACAAACAGACAAGCUCAAAGAACUCUAUGGUCAAGUGCUGUACCGUAUGGAGCGCUAUGACGAGUGCAAGGCUGUCUACACGGACCUGAUCAGGAACUCCCAGGAUGAAUACGAAGAGGAGAGGAAGACAAACCUCUCAGCCGUGGUGGCUGCUAUGAGCACAUGGGAGAAGGCUUCUCCGGAUGAUCUUGGCCUGUCAGAGACUACAUAUGAGCUGAGCUACAACGCUGCCUGUACUCUAAUUGGUCAAGGCCAACUCACGGAGGCUAUGAACAAACUACAGGAAGCAGAAGAGCUUUGUCGUGUUUCCUUGUCUGAGGAUUUGGAUAUAACUGAGGAGGACAUUGAGUCAGAGCUGGCCGUCAUCCACUCCCAGAUGGCCUACGUUAUGCAGUUACAGGGUCGGACAGAAGUGGCGCUGCAGCUCUAUAACCAAGUCAUCAAGCUCAAGCCAUCGGAUGUGGGACUUCUAGCUGUGACUGCUAACAACAUCAUUACAAUAAACAAGGACCAAAACGUGUUUGACUCUAAGAAGAAGGUGAAACUGACAAAUGCUGAUGGUGUCGAGUACAAGCUGGCCAAGAAACAGCUGCAAGCCAUCGAAUUCAACAAAGCCCUGUUGGCUAUGUACACUAACCAGGCGGACCAGUGCAGAAAGCUGUCGUCAGGCCUCCAGGCCCAGAACCCAGGCCACCCGCGGCCCGUUCUGAUCCAGGUGGCUCAGCUGUGCAGAGAGAAGCAACACUCCAAGGCCAUGGAGCUGCUUCAGUGUUUCGCAGACCAGCACCCAGAGAGUGCAUCUGGUAUCAAAUUAACAAUGGCACAACUCUAUUUGACUCAAGGUCACGUUACCAAAGCAUGUGACAUCUUGAGGUCGAUCGACGAUUUCAAGAACAAACAAGGGAUGAUCUCAGCUCUGGUAACGAUGUACAACCACGAAGAGGACAUCGACAGCGCAAUUGAUGUCUUCAGCCAAGCUAUUCAGCACUACCAAUCUGAACAGCCUGGUUCCUCUAUUCACCUGGCACUCGUACGAGAGGCCGCCGAUUUCAAGCUGAAGUAUGGACGGAAAAAGGAAGCCAUCAGUGACCUGGAACAACUGUGGAAGCAAAACACCAAUGACAUCCACACUUUGGCACAACUCAUCUCUGCCUAUUCUUUGGUCGAUCAAGAUAAAGCCAAGUCCCUCAGCAAGCACCUCCCUUCCCUUGAAAGCAUGUCAUUUAACGUGGACGUAGAUGAGCUGGAGAACUCUCAUGGUGCCAACUACGUCAGAAAGAAGGCCGCUAAAGUACCGGGAGACAAUCUUCCCAAAGAACAAGGCCAGGGGGGUAUUAAAAAGAAGAGGAAGAAAAAGAAGGGAAAAUUGCCCAAGAGCUACGACCAAACAUCGAACCCUGACCAGGAGAGAUGGCUGCCCAUGAGAGAGCGCACCUACUACCGGGGCAGGAAGAAGGGCAAGAAGAAGGAACAAGUGGGUAAAGGCACGCAGGGGGCCACGUCAGGAGCCGCGUCCGACCUGGAUGCCAGUAAGACAGCCAACAGUCCCCCCACCUCCCCCCGGCCAGGGUCAGCCCAAGUCUCUGCCUCCACCUCGGCCCCCGCUGCCAGCAACGUUGUCCCUCCGCGACAGCAGAAGCCUGCCACUGCAGGGCCAGGGGCCCGCAAGAAGGCCCCUCAGAAGAAGAAAAAGGGAGGCAAGGGUGGCUGGUAGCCUGGAGAACAUUGCAGAUAUUGAGCAACACAUUGGUGACCACCACCACAUGGCCCAGAACUCACAGAAUCAUGAGCUUUGUAAUUUUUUUACCAACUUAUAACAUUUUUUACCAAACAAAUAAUGGUAUCCAAUUUCUGGUUGUUGAAUAAGUUGCAAUACAUUUAGUAAAAGGCCCCAAUGCUUUGUUCACGGUUUUCUUUUAAGAUGCAAAAACAAAUGUCUGUGAACUAAGAGACCUUGUUUGUGUUGUAGGCAAGGGGGGGGGGGGUCUUACUAGUUUGUAAUGCAUAUAUUCUGUGCAGAAAAAAUUGACUUUUUUCUAUUCUCCCUGAGCCUGAGUAUUUGAACACGGUUCCUUGACCGUGAACUAAUUUCCUUGACUUGCCCACUCAAUUUCAAUCACUUGACCUUAUUUUCAACCUAAGAGGCAAGCUGUGUAUGUCAAAGUUAAAGUAUAUUUAUUUUUAAAUCCCUGCAUCGUUUUCGGCUUAGAGUAAAAAGUCUGUUUUGAAACGUAGACUCAGCGAUAUGAUGCAGAAAGUACACAGCAAAGUGGGUCAAUUUCUGCAACAACUAAGAGCGUUGAAGCACGUUGCUCAACUUCUCUGCUGUUUUGGUCUCUUACCUACCACACUGUAACAGCGUGAAGUGAACCCGUGCACAGAUACUGUGUGAGAGCGAAGUGUUGCAUCUUGCUCAUCUCUAUCGGUGGUGCUGCUCGUGGCAAUGUAAUUUUGCUGAGUCUACCUUUUUAAUUAUUGGCCAGCCGUACAUAAUUAGGACAUUGUUUUAGGAACUGUUUACAAUGAUGGAAGCAAACUAUUUUUGCCAAAAUGUGUGUCCCAUUGAUGUCUUAAUAAAUAGGCUUCCUUAACAACUGACAAACUGA